GUUCGCCCCAAAACUUUUCUAUCCACGUUGGGGUCGACGCUUGUGUGUUUUUUCACACUGCUGAAGCCACAACCUCGCUCGGUGAUUGGGUGCAGGCAGGUGUUGCGGCGCAACGAGAUAGCUCGCCCCGAUCACCCCGCGGUGGCGGGCCAGUGCCAACGGCCUUAGCCGGUGAAGCAGGCGGCUUUUGCGCGGUGCGCCACGGAGGGUUACAUGUGCGACCGCGGUGGCCCGACGAUGCAGUGGGCCUCCGUGGAGGGCACAGAGGCGAGCCAACCACUGCCCGCCGGCGCUGCUCGGGACCACUUUAAUUUGCCCGACUCGAGCGAGCUGGUGCUGCGGUGCAGGUCUCUGACUCCGCCAGUGGGGGACUUUGGGCGGGUGUGGCGCGAGCACUGCGCAGAUGGCGAGACGCUCAGCGAGUACGCCAGCGCCAUGCGCAGCCUGGCCAGGGAGCACUGGAGCCAGCGCCGUGAGGGGGAGAACCGCAUCGACUGGUGCCGCAGCGUUUGUCUGGAAUACUUUCUGAGCGGCGGAAUGGAGAGGGCCCUGGCGAAGGACGAGCGGCGGAGGCAGGUCACGAGCUGUGGCGGCGGAGAAGGCACAGCUCCUCGCGUCGCCUACAGCCCCAGGCACAUCUCCAGUGCGAGGACUGUUGACGCGGAGGCCAAGCCACCUUGGUGGGGGGGCGAUGGCGGCUCGUGCGGGACGUCCAAUGGUGGCGGGAUGGGGGGCAGCGUGUCCGAGCGAUGGCGUCCGUCGGACAGAGGAGCGAGCGGCGCGUUCUCCCCGUACGGCAGCCCGCUCGAGGCUUCUCUUCAGCCGCCUCGACGCCAGUCAGGCUGUGGCGCGGCGCACACGGGAAAGAUCCGACUCCUGGACGUUGGGAGCUGCUUCAACCCCUUCCUGUGCUUCGACGAGUUCCAGGCUCUGGGCAUCGACAUCAUUCCGGCCGUGGAUAGCGUCUUCCGCUGCGACUUCCUCAACCUGCAGUUGGACGCGCCGCUGCAGCUGGCGCCCGAGAGCCAGGACGCCUUCCUGCGGCAGCUGCCGGGCCCCGUGGUGCGUUCGCUGCCGCGCGAGCUCUUCCACGCGGUCGUCUUCUCGCUGCUGCUCUCCUACUUCCCGUCGCCGUGCCAGCGCUGGCUCUGCUGCCAGACGGCCCACGGCCUGCUGGCGCUGGGCGGCCUGCUGCUGAUCGUCACGCCCGACUCGAGCCACGCAGGUCGCCACGCGGGCAUGGUGCGCAGCUGGCGCCUGGCGAUCGAGGCGCUGGGAUUCAAGCGCUGGAGAUACGUGAAGGCCUCGCACAUGCACUUGAUGGCCUUCAGGAAGGUCACCAACCAGCAUUCGAGCGACCUGCUCAGUCACAACUACCCGGAGAUGCUGUACAUCCCGCAGGACUUCACGUGGGAGGACACGGAGCGCGUGGAGAACGGGGGCGGCGAAAUGGGCCUUGGUGAACACCCCUCGGCGCGGUCGCUCUUUGAGGACAGGCUCUUGGCAGACGGCUUCUCCGAGCUCCCGGAUCUGGCCGCUUUUCCGGCGAGCUUCAACGACUCAGACUCGGAGGAGAGCCAGGCGAGCUCGUUGCAGUUCCACGAGAUGGAUGAUCCCAUCCUGCUAUUGGCCUGAUGCGAGAGGAGGCGGGGUAGACGGGGGGGGGGGGGUGGGCACCGGCCUCUGUUCAUACGCACACCCCACUCCCCCCUUCGUCAUUGUGCUUUAUACAGCUGCCUUCUUCCACCGCAGCAGAAAGAGUUCUGGUGUUCUUCUUCCGACAGGAAGCAAGUUGAAAGAGUGGGGCCGAAGAAGGUUUAUGAGAGGUUUUCUUUUUGUAGCCAGUUUUCUAAUAUUUUUACACCGUUUGCUAUUGUUUACCUUGCCUAAAUAUAGAUGUUAGACUUGUUUUUGUGUUUUUGAUGUUUUCACUUUAUGUUUUUUUAAUGCUUAUUUUCACAUCUACGACGUGUCGUCUGGUUCUUUCAUUAUCCCUGCGUUUAGUUUUGCCGUGCGUGAAAUCGGGGCAGGUUAUAAAAGAAAUGCGCCACUUGUUUCCCUGCCAGCAAUUUUGUUAGCCUUUAAACAAAAUAGAGGCAGCACUUUAAGUCUGCGAGUUGAGAGAUGAAGCUGUGGGAUGUUGUGGUGGCCAAAGUCUUAAAGAUUCUGCAGGGUCACAUUUGCAAACAAACAGAAGCUCCUGACAGUGGUUGCUCCCUUCUGUCCUCCCAUCAUGCUAAACAUUUUGAAAUUCAAAGCAAUAAGCAAAUAUACAAAUAAUAAUUUUUACUGCAAAACCCAGGAGAUUUGAGAGCCUUUUGUGUGUUGGUGCACUUUAAAGGUUCCCCCUGCCCCCCUCUUUAUACUUUAUGGGUUUUUCGUUUGAAAGGUCUCUGUUUAAAUUGCACAGUCCUCUGCUGGCAGCCUCUUGCGAUGGUGGUGCUUUCAGAGAUGUACGUAUGUCCCACUACAA